CGAGCGAGCGAGAAAGAUUUCACUUGAGCCUGCGCUUUUUUCAUCUGCCAGAUUUUUAUAGGUCGGUCAGUACUCUUAGUUUCUGUUUUUCUAUGGUUUUUUGUAGAUAUUAAUUGUGUAUUUCAUUUGAUUAUAUACAUGUGUUUAUAUAUGUGUGAGUGUGCGUGUUUGUAUUGGAUCUGUUAAUCUGAGCUGAUAUAUGAUUUUCUAUAGUAAGGAGUUGGUGAAUCUGAAUCUCUGUAUGCAUGAAAUUCACUAUUUUUUUUCUGAUUCGGAUCUGUUCAACACGAUUUUGAAAAUUGUGUCUUAAAACUCGUAUUUUCGAUUUUUUUUCUUGAUUUUAAUCGUGAAGUUUAGCUAUCUGUGAGGUUUGUUUUAUUUAUUUUUUUCCCUAUUUUUGGCCAUGUAAAGUUUAACCAUGGUUAGUCAUCUCUAAUUGAGUUGUGUUUAUGCAUACAUGUUUGUAUAUGGUUGAAUAUUUAUUCAAAAUGAUAUUUGCUUAAACUUUUAUGGUUUUGAUUUAUGAGUCAUUUUAGAUCCCUGGCCAUCCAUGAGGUGUCCUAGUUUUGAGAUCCGUGGUACUGGUGGAUUCAAAUCGGACAUCUGCCUGCUCAUUUGAUAGAAUAUCAUGGGGUCUAGUAGCCAAAAUUUGUGUGAACUAAUGUAGGCUAGAGUACCUGCCGAACCAUUAAUUUUAUAUCUGUUUUUAAGUAUUUGGUCACUGGGUAGGAUCUCCUCUUUGGGACAUUUUAAGUAGAAUCUUCUUGAUUUAUGCCACACAAGGGUUAUGGGAUGUGCAUUUAACUUCACGGCAAAAAUAUAUCCAAUUAUGAGGGCCUGGUAACAAAAAGAAAUAGAUAAAAAUGGCUGGAAAUCUUUUUUUCAGUAUAUGUUUCAAACAGAUUUUUUUUUUGUGGUGAGUUAGUUUUGUAUAUUGGGUCUUCAGCAAUUAAAAUCUCAUUUCAACUGAGUUGUCGGUUCAGCAUAUGAAACUUUGGUGCCAGAAAAUUGUAUUUUGGCUGCAUUUGUUUAUAUGUUCAUUGGUUUGAGUUCUUUGGGGUUUAGUCAAUGUGGUUUGUCUUUGUUGUUUCAUUUGCCAAACAAGAUGUUUUCACUACAAAUUUAUGGACCCCAGGCCUUCUUAUUUAUCCUACACGAUCGUAAUUGGAUUGUUUGUCUUGUCAAUUUUUUAUUCAUGGUUUCUUAGUGGUUGUGUUUCAGUUCUUGUCCUCUUGUUUUAUUUAAAGUUUCUUUCUUUAUAGUCCAGAAUGGGUAAAGAGAAGGUUCACAUCAACAUUGUGGUCAUUGGCCAUGUCGACUCUGGCAAGUCAACCACUACUGGACACUUGAUCUAUAAGCUUGGUGGUAUUGACAAGCGUGUCAUUGAAAGGUUCGAAAAGGAGGCAGCUGAGAUGAACAAGAGGUCAUUCAAGUAUGCUUGGGUGCUUGACAAGCUUAAGGCUGAGCGGGAACGUGGUAUUACCAUUGAUAUUGCCCUUUGGAAGUUUGAGACCACCAAGUAUUACUGCACGGUUAUUGAUGCCCCUGGACACAGGGAUUUCAUUAAGAAUAUGAUCACUGGUACCUCACAGGCUGACUGUGCUGUCCUCAUUAUCGACUCCACCACUGGUGGUUUUGAAGCUGGUAUUUCCAAGGAUGGUCAGACCCGUGAGCAUGCUUUGCUUGCUUUCACCCUUGGUGUCAAGCAGAUGAUUUGCUGCUGCAACAAGAUGGAUGCCACAACCCCAAAGUACUCUAAGGCAAGGUAUGAUGAAAUUGUAAAGGAAGUCUCUUCCUACCUGAAGAAGGUUGGAUACAAUCCUGACAAGAUCCCAUUUGUACCCAUCUCUGGUUUCGAGGGAGACAAUAUGAUUGAGAGGUCAACAAAUCUUGACUGGUACAAGGGCCCAACCCUCCUUGAUGCUCUGGACAUGAUCUCUGAGCCUAAGAGACCCACAGACAAACCCCUUCGUCUUCCACUUCAGGAUGUGUACAAAAUUGGAGGUAUUGGAACUGUGCCAGUGGGACGUGUUGAGACUGGUUUAAUCAAGCCUGGUAUGGUUGUGACCUUUGGACCAACUGGUCUGACAACUGAAGUUAAGUCUGUUGAGAUGCAUCAUGAAGCUCUUCAGGAGGCCCUGCCAGGUGACAAUGUUGGUUUCAACGUGAAGAAUGUUGCUGUCAAGGAUCUCAAGCGAGGAUAUGUUGCUUCCAACUCUAAGGAUGACCCUGCAAAAGGGGCUGCCAGCUUCACCUCUCAGGUCAUUAUCAUGAACCAUCCUGGCCAGAUUGGAAAUGGCUAUGCUCCAGUCCUUGACUGCCACACUUCCCAUAUUGCUGUCAAGUUCGCUGAGCUCUUGACCAAGAUUGACAGACGAUCUGGCAAGGAGCUUGAGAAGGAACCCAAGUUCUUGAAGAAUGGUGAUGCUGGUAUGGUGAAGAUGAUUCCCACCAAACCCAUGGUGGUGGAGACUUUCUCUGAGUACCCACCUCUUGGUCGUUUUGCUGUGAGGGACAUGCGCCAAACUGUUGCUGUUGGUGUCAUCAAGAGUGUCGACAAGAAAGACCCCACUGGUGCCAAGGUCACCAAGGCCGCAGCUAAGAAGGGUGUCAAGUGA